AUGGCGGAGCAAUGCAAGAUCUCUGCUGCCAUUGUAGCUGAGGAGAAGUCGUGUGUGCUCAAGCUAGAUGGAUACUCAAGGGCCAAGGGGCUACUCAAGAACGGGGAGUUCAUCAUUUCUGCCCUGUUCAAUGUUGGAGGCCAUGACUGGGCGGUAAAAUAUUACCCAAAUGGUAUUAAGGAUCAUGCCGAUUCCAUAUCUCUUUUUCUACUUCUUGAAUCCGCUCAUGCCAAAGAUGUGAAGGCGAAAUUCAAGUUCAAUGUACUCAACAAGAACGGAGAACCGGUGUCUUCAUACGAGCGUUCAGACUGGGGCUCCCGUGAGUUCGUCAAGAAGGCUGAUCUGGAGGAAUCGGCCCACCUGAGAGACGACUGUCUCACCAUCAGGUGCGAUGUCACUGUCAUCCACGGCAAAGAAGAAACAAGGGUUCCGCCAAGCGACUUGCACCGGCAGCUCGGCGACCUCCUUGAGAACAAGGACGCAGCAGACCUAACCUUUCAGGUUGGUGGACAGAGCUUCUCCGCUCACAGAUGUGUCCUUGCUGCUCGGUCAUCCGUCUUCAAGGCGGAGCUCCUCGGUGCCAUGAAGGAGAGUUCUGCUGGUUCUAUUGAGAUCUGUGACAUGGAAGCUGACGUGUUCAAGUCUUUGCUGCACUUCAUAUACACCGACUCGGUUCCCCUGCUGGAGAUAGCUAGCAACAAAGGCGAAACAGAUGUGGUUAUGGCUGGCCAUCUACUGGUAGCAGCUGAUAGGUACAACAUCGGCAGGCUGAAGCAGAUAUGCGAGGAGAAAUUGUGCACCCACAUUGAUUCCAACAUGGUGGCUACCAAUUUGUCUCUAGCCGAACAACAUGGUUUCUCACGCCUCAAAGAAGCUUGUUUGCAAUUCCUUGUUUCUCCGUCCAAUUUGGAGGCUAUGAUGGCUAGUGAUGGUUAUGAACAUCUGAAGUCCAGCUGCCCAUCCGUUCUGAAGGAGCUCAUUGCUAGAAUUCUGCCGGCUGAAUAUAAAGCGGCAAAGGAUAUUAUCUUGGCAAUUUAG